AACUUCACCGCAUACCACCACUACCACAAGCAAAUUUUAAUCUGAAUAAUGCCUCCUAAAGCAGACUGGGAAAAGUACGAGAGAAAGGCUGAUGCAAACGAGGAUGAGAAGAUCAAUGCUCUCGAUGAAAGCGACAUUCAAAUAUUGAAGACCUACGGCCAAGGUCCAUAUGCCGCACAGCUAAAGAAAGUAGAGAUUGACAUCAAAGAAAUCCAGAAGCGCGUAAACGAGAAGCUGGGUGUCAAGGAAUCGGACACGGGUCUCGCAUCACCGAACCUCUGGGAUCUGGCUGCAGAUAAGCAGCGUAUGGGAGAAAUGCAUUCCUUGCAAGUUGCACGCUGUACGAAGAUCAUUCCAGUCAAUGAGGAACUUGCAGCUGCCGCCCGAGCCGUAAAUGCUGCUGGAGCUGAACAGGGCCAGAAAGGAGCAGACGAGCAGGAUAAAUACGUCAUUAACAUCAAACAGAUUGCCAAAUUCGUCGUCGGGCUCGGCGAGAGAGUUGCACCUACUGAUAUUGAGGAGGGUAUGCGAGUCGGGGUUGACCGCAAUAAAUAUCAAAUACAGAUUCCUCUUCCGCCUAAGAUAGAUGCAUCAGUGACAAUGAUGCAAGUAGAAGAGAAGCCCGAUGUUACCUAUUCCGAUGUUGGUGGUUGCAAAGAACAAAUUGAAAAGCUCCGUGAAGUUGUAGAAACCCCGCUUUUGAAUCCUGAACGCUUUGUAAACCUCGGAAUUGAUCCUCCGAAGGGUGUACUAUUGUUUGGUCCACCUGGUACUGGGAAGACACUUUGUGCUCGUGCCGUUGCGAAUAGGACGGAUGCCACUUUCAUUCGUGUAAUUGGGUCCGAGCUUGUGCAGAAGUAUGUGGGUGAGGGUGCUCGCAUGGUCCGAGAGCUUUUCGAGAUGGCACGGGGCAAGAAAGCGUGCAUUAUCUUCUUUGACGAAGUUGAUGCCAUUGGAGGUGCCCGGUUUGAUGAUGGUGCAGGUGGUGACAAUGAGGUUCAACGAACGAUGCUUGAGCUCAUCAACCAACUGGACGGAUUCGAUCCCCGAGGAAACAUUAAAGUGCUAAUGGCCACCAAUAGGCCCGAUACACUUGAUCCGGCUCUGCUACGGCCAGGUCGUUUGGACCGGAGAGUCGAAUUUUCCCUUCCAGACAAUGAAGGGCGUGCUCAUAUUCUGCGAAUUCACGCACGAAGCAUGAGUGUCGAGCGCGAGAUUCGUUUUGACUUAAUAGCGCGUUUAUGUCCGAAUACUACGGGUGCAGAGUUGCGUUCUGUGGCAACUGAGGCUGGAAUGUUUGCAAUCCGAGCUCGGCGAAAAGUCGCGACUGAGCGAGACUUCUUGGAUGCCGUUGAAAAGGUUGUCCGACAAGGCACGAAGUUCUCUAGCACGUCAUACACUUCGCGACCUGUGCGAUUCUUGAGACCGCCCACUCCAGAAGUAGCAGCGCUCUUGGCCAACAGCUUAGCUCAGUCUCCACGCCCGUUAACGCUAUCCAAAUUACUGUCUUAUGGAAGACCGCUUUCGGAGAGCUCGCUUCUCGCUUCUGCUUCGUACGUGCAAUCUGAAAUCCCGCGCCGGCUGGCACGGCGAAUACGCGCUUUGGAGGGCCUCCCGUUUAUUGUAGGGACUAACCCAUAUGUGGCCCGAACACUGGAGAAUCAUAGGAGAAGCUUUGAGUGGCUUGCGACAUACCCUGAUGUCAAGUCUCUGGAAGAGAACGCUGAGUUCUCUACACAACUAGAACAUCUAGUCCACAGACAUGCAAAUGAUAUACCAACAAUAGCACGAGGGUUCCACGAAUGUGCUCGUUAUAUGUCCCAAGAUGCCAUCAGCGAAUUUCUGGAUCAUGCUAUUCGUAAUCGCAUAGCUGUUCGUCUCAUCGCAGAGCAACACAUUGCCCUGUCAUGGGCAUUCUCAGAAAAUCCAGACGCCGUCUAUCAUAAUGGUGUUGUUAACAUGGCAUGCUCUCCCUCAGAUAUGGUUAAAGCAUGCAGCUUGAUCGUUAGUGAAAUGUGCGAAGCAACGUUUGGCGUAUCUCCUAGCAUUGUCGUCGAUGGCCAUGACAAGGCGACUUUUGCUUAUGUACCAGUCCACCUCCAGUAUAUCUUAACGGAGCUUUUGAAGAAUUCUUUCCGAGCAACGGUUGAAAAGCACUGGAACACACAUAAGUCAUCCUCACCCAAAAAGCUGCCGCCCGUCGUUAUCACCGUAUCCCCAUUUUCCCGUUUAUCCGGCCGUGGACGUGUUUCUUACAUGUCCCUGAGGAUUCGAGAUGAAGGCGGUGGCAUUCCUCCUUCGAAUAUGCCGCGUAUAUUUUCAUACGCGUACUCGACGGCCGGUAGAGACUUGCUUGAAGGCGACGAGACGGACGGCGGACCGUAUGCUGCUCAACAUGUCGGAGGGAGCGCCGCUCUGAGUGGGAGCGGAACAGAUGGCCCUAGCUUGUUCGGCGAGAUAACAAGUAAAGGAGUACAGACGGCUGUCGGCACUCUUGCGGGUCUUGGAUAUGGCUUACCUAUGAGUAGGCUUUACGCCAGAUACUUUGGAGGAUCACUUGAUUUAUUCUCUUUGGACGGCUGGGGGACUGACGCAAUCCUGAAACUGCGCUGUCUCAACGAGGCUGGUGAAGAAGUGGAAGUAUAGUAGUAUAAAAUUCUUAUGUAGUUAUAUUGCCUCCUUUCGGGCAUCUCCGAACUCCAUUCUUUAAUACACCCAUCAUAAUG